CCGGAAAGCUCCGAGGAGGAGCCUGGCGCCGCCAUUUUCCUGCAGCCGCCUGUGCCUCUCGCCCUGCCGGGCUCCAGCUGACCAGGGGAGGGCUGAGCUGAAACUGAGGCGGGGGCCGGCGGAGUAGCCGACGCCGCGCCUGACCCCGCGGCGGACCGGAGCCGGCUCUUUCCGGUCCGGGUGGCGGCGCGCGGCCCUGAGCCCCGCCCCGAGCCGGCAGGCGGAGGAGGAGGGGGGCCGGUGCGGGGUUAAGGGGGUGCGGCGGGGGCGGGGGGCGGCGGGGGGCCCUCCGGCGCUUGGGGGUGCCAGUUCCCCGCCGGCUGCCGAGCGGGAGGGCUGGCGGAGGAGCCGCAGAGAUGUCCGGCCAGAGCCUGACGGACCGGAUCACCGCCGCCCAGCACAGUGUCACCGGCUCCGCCGUGUCCAAGACAGUAUGCAAGGCCACGACCCACGAGAUCAUGGGGCCCAAGAAGAAGCACCUAGACUACUUAAUUCAGUGCACGAAUGAGAUGAAUGUGAACAUCCCGCAGUUAGCAGACAGUUUAUUUGAAAGAACUACUAACAGUAGUUGGGUGGUGGUCUUCAAAUCUCUCAUUACAACUCAUCAUUUGAUGGUGUAUGGAAAUGAGCGUUUCAUUCAGUAUUUGGCUUCAAGAAACACGUUGUUUAACUUAAGCAAUUUUUUGGAUAAAAGUGGAUUGCAAGGAUAUGACAUGUCUACAUUUAUUAGGAGGUAUAGUAGGUAUCUAAAUGAAAAAGCAGUUUCAUACAGACAAGUUGCAUUUGAUUUCACAAAAGUGAAACGAGGGGCUGAUGGAGUUAUGAGAACCAUGAACACAGAAAAACUCCUAAAAACUGUACCAAUUAUUCAGAAUCAAAUGGAUGCCCUUCUUGAUUUUAAUGUUAAUAGCAACGAACUUACAAAUGGGGUAAUAAAUGCUGCCUUCAUGCUCCUGUUCAAAGAUGCCAUUAGACUGUUUGCAGCAUACAAUGAAGGAAUUAUUAACCUGUUGGAAAAAUAUUUUGAUAUGAAAAAGAACCAGUGCAAAGAAGGUCUUGACAUCUAUAAGAAGUUCCUGACUAGGAUGACUAGAAUCUCAGAGUUUCUCAAAGUUGCAGAGCAAGUUGGAAUUGACAGAGGUGAUAUACCAGAUCUUUCACAGGCCCCCAGUAGUCUUCUUGAUGCUUUGGAACAACAUUUAGCUUCCUUGGAAGGAAAGAAGAUCAAAGAUUCUACAGCUGCAAGCAGGGCAACAACACUUUCCAACGCAGUCUCUUCCCUGGCAAGCACUGGCCUGUCUCUUACCAAAGUGGAUGAAAGGGAAAAGCAGGCAGCAUUAGAGGAAGAACAGGCUCGUUUAAAAGCUUUAAAGGAGCAGCGCCUAAAAGAACUUGCAAAGAAACCUCAUACCUCUUUAACAACUGCAGCCUCUCCUGUGUCCACCUCAGCAGGGAGUGUAAUGACUGCACCAGCCAUUGACAUAUUUUCUACCCCCAGUUCUUCUAACAGCACAUCAAAGCUACCAAAUGAUCUGCUUGAUUUGCAGCAGCCAACUUUUCACCCAUCAGUACUUUCAAUGUCAACUGCUUCUCAGGUAGCGAGUACAUGGGGAGAUCCUUUCUCUGCUACUGUAGAUGCUGUUGAUGAUGCCAUUCCAAGCUUAAAUCCUUUCCUCACAAAAAGUAGUGGUGAUGUUCACCUUCCUAUCUCUUCAGAUGUAUCCACUUUUACUACUAGGACACCUACUCAUGAAAUGUUUGUUGAUACUUUUUGUGGCACUCAAGCUUAUCGUAAUACUACCUUUAUGUGCCAUGAGCCUUCUACUGUAGCUGGUUUAUUUGGAGGGUUCACUCCUUCUCCAGUUGCACAGCCGCAUCCUUCAGCUGGCCUUAAUGUUGACUUUGAAUCUGUGUUUGGAAAUAAAUCUACCAACAUUACUGUAGAUUCUGGGGGCUUUGAUGAACUAGGUGGACUUCUCAAACCAACAGUGGCCUCUCAGAACCAGAGUCUUCCCGUUGCCAAACUCCCACCUAACAAGUUAGUAUCUGAUGACUUGGAUUCAUCCUUAGCCAACCUUGUGGGCAAUCUUGGCAUUGGAAAUGGAACCACUAAGAAUGAUGUAAAUUGGAGUCAGCCAGGUGAAAAGAAGCUAACUGGAGGAUCUAACUGGCAACCAAAGGUUGCACCAACAACUGCGUGGAAUGCUGCAACAAUGAAUGGCAUGCAUUUUCCACAAUACGCCCCCCCUGUAAUGGCCUAUCCUGCUACUACACCAACAGGCAUGAUAGGAUAUGGAAUCCCUCCUCAAAUGGGAAGUGUACCUGUAAUGACACAACCAAGCUUAAUAUACAGCCAACCUGUCAUGAGACCACCAAACCCUUUUGGCCCUGUAUCAGGAGCACAGAUACAGUUUAUGUAACUAGAUGGAAGAGAAUGGAAUUAUUCCAAAAAGACAAGUGCUCAAGCGGCAAAUACUUACUUCCAGCAAAAUCCAAACUGCUGUCUCUUAAACUCUUUUCUUCCAUUAGAAUGCUACAGUAACCCAGUAAAGGCCCAUGAAGGAAACUGGGACUAGUCUAUAGGAGAACGUAUCAAUACAGUUUAUAAAGCCAAGAAUUGCCAUGAUUUCAGACUAAGAGCUGUCUUUUUGGUGACUAACCCUUCAGUUCUUUCAACUCCUAUUAAUACCCAUAAUCAGUAACCUACCAAGAAAAGCCCUUAUUUGGAAAGUGUGAAAUUUGUAUUUGGAAAAGCUGCCUGGAGAGAAGAGCUAUGUCCUUUACGCUAAUGCACCAGGACUCUUUUGGGGGGAUCAAAUCAUAAUUCUUCAUUAUACAGUAUCUUUCUUUUCUCCAGUCCUCACAGAUAAAGAAACAGUAACUAAAAUUAACUUUUCUUUUUUUAAAAAAAUUAUAUAUUCAGUUUGCAGUAGACAUUCCUUAAGUAUUUGUAUUUAUUUAUGAUUAUCAAUUUACAUAACAUUAAUAUUGUAUCAAACCUCCUUAUGAAAAUGAGUAUGGAUGUACACGGUAUGUGUGAUUGUUAUCCAUAAGAAUGAAUCUGAUUCAGAAUGCUUCUCAGCUGACAUACAGAGCACUAAAUAUUUUAAGGCAAGUCCAUAGGUCUGAAUCGCUUAAGAAUUCUCAGUCUCUAUGGGAUUUAGGGAAGCAUUAUAAAUGCAUUAAUCCUUAUAGUCAAUUCUGUGCCUAGGAUUUUGCAAGGGAACAGUUCACUGAACUAGGAAAAGCACUACAUUUUAAAUUCAGCAUUAGUGCAUUGGGAAGGAACUUUACUGCUUUGUGCUUGGCAUGUCAUUAUUUUCCAUUUGACAUUAGGGCCUUUCCAAAAUGAAUGUGAGGAAUUGCUUUCACUUCAAGACUUUCCUUCUUUUCAGUAAAACUCUAGGAGGUGUUAUGGGGGGAGGGGAGGGGACAAAAUCCUUGAACCUUUUAUUUGGCUCAUGCCAUGUUAUGAUCAUGUACCUUUUAAAUAAGGGGAAAUAGUAUCUUUAAAAUUAAUGUCUAGCCAAGAGUUUAGUUAACGAAGAAUUAAAGUGCACUGUUGAUCGGUGCUUUGUGUAAAUACAUCUUAACAUUUGGGUUGAGAGGGGCCUUAAGAAGGACAGUUUGUUGUAGGAAAGCAAUUCUGUACAUGAGUUUAAGCAUAUUUGUUGCAUUGUCUCUGCAGAUUCUAUUUUUGUUUACAAUAUUAAAAUGUAUGUUAGCAAAAAUGGGUGGAUUUUCAAAUAAAAUGCAGCUUCCACAAAACUUUUGUUAUGGUAUUCUGGUCUGAGGCGCAUUUUCUUUUUUCCGUUUUUCUUUAUCAUUGGUAUUAUUUUUUGCUAAUAAAAGUAUACCCCAGUGAUUAUAUUUGAUGAUUUAAUAAAAUGUAAAAUUUAUUUCUGUUUUAAUUUCCAGAAAGCUUUAUCUUUGUACUUUUGUUACCUUCUAGACAUUGAUACGCUGAACUAUUUAUUAAAAUUGUUCAUUUUUGCAUUUUGAUCAGAUGCCUUCAGUCAGGUAAGUUUAAGGGAGAAAAUGCUGUGAAUUUGAUGUAUUGAUGCAUGUGAUAUGUCUGCCAAAAAAGCCUCUGACUGUAUCGUGUUUCAUAGUGAAUAGUAAGUAGGAGUCAUAAUACAUGGUAGAGGGACCAAAAGCUUUGCAUUGAUAAAUGUGUCUGCAUACUAUUUGCCAUGGUUGGAAAAAAUAGUCUUUAACCAAUAUACUUUGUGAAUAUUACCACUUUUUAAAGUUUCACUGUUAUUAAACCAUUUUCAUACAAACUGGAAAA